GCGGUCCAUGAAGGCAGCACCAGAGGAUGAAGGGGGCUGUCACCAAGCUAGCGUUAGCCACACGAUGCUAACUGCAUUGAACGCACCAGCUCCGUCAACAUGCUCCUGAGUGUCAAUCUCCGGUUUUUAGCCGCGGAGCUUCUCUAAAUCCCGGGUUAGCUCGUUCACGAUGCAGCGCUUCAACGAGCCGAGCUAGCCGGGCCGGCCGACUCUCCGUUCCCCGGUCGUCUUGGCCGCAGUCGGCUCGCUAACCCCGGAGCGAGUUGUUGUUAGCUUCUAGCACUUAGCCUGGCGAACAUGGCGAUCGUGUCCGGCUCCUGCGCCCGGGUCAACGGCUCCAGGAACGGGCCCUCCGCGGCCGCGACGCCCUCCGGCUCCGCGGGACAGUCGCAGCCCAUGAUCGCGGUGUGGGAGUGGCAGGACGACCUGGGCUUCUGGCGGCCGUACAGCGGCCAGGUGAGCGCCCACAUCGAGCGGUGCCUGUCGCCGCGGGGCCACCGAGGAGCGGGACCCGGCAACACGAGCAUCUGCCUCGGACAAUCAGACCCCAGCCUGUCGCCUUAUCUCAUCGACAUCCCGAGCCUGAAGCAGUUCCGCCAGGACACAGGAAAGACCCGGUCGGUUCGCCGGUCCCUGUUCGCUCAGUCCUCCGGCCUCGGCAGUGGAGUCUACUGGGAAUGGGCCAACGACGAGGGGGGGUGGACCCCGUAUGAGACUCGAACCUCCAUCCUUCUGGAGCACAGCUAUCAGGCGCGUCAAGGCACCGCAGACCUGGGCCCUCAUGGAUAUAAUUACAUCGUGGAUCUCACGUCUCUGGCCCAGGUGAACAAAGCCUCGGGGUUCAGGCGGCAGGUGCGACGUCAGUGUAACCUCCCGUACCCGCUGGCCUCCAACGGCCCCCCCGCCAUCCCCUCGGGCCCCGCGGGCCCCCCGGCCAUCCCCUCGGGCCCCGCGUGCUCCUGCCAGCAGUGUUUGAGCCACAGCAGCACGGGGCCCAUUCCCAGCCGGUCAAGACACAGCUUCUCGUCGGGGAGUCUGAACAGGCCCAGCCUCCAGGUGACAGGCAGGGCUGUGCCCACUCACCCCACAUCGGUCUACUCGCCCUACCCACGGAGACCCCUCUCUGUGGGGGCGAUGUCCUGGGGCAGCCCCUGGCCUCCACCACCCUCUGGUAGUCAACUGGCUGCGCCGCAUCUGACCAGCUCCGCCAGUGCAAAUGGGUUAAGCGUCCCCUCCAUCGCUGUGCAGCUGAACGGAUCCACCAGCGUCAGCUCGGCCCUGGCAGCCUCGGCUCAGAGAUCUGAGGACGUGAUCCAGCGCUACAUGGAGGUGGUGGCCGGCGUGCCAGACGAGGACUGCAUCAUCUGCAUGGACCAGCUGUCCAACCCGUCCGGCUACGAGACGCCGGCCAGCGACGCCGGCGGCCACAACAUCCUCCCGGACAACGUGGGCAAAUUCAUCAAGUGUGGCCACACGCUGCACAUGCUCUGCAUGCUGGCCAUGUACAACAACGGAACCAAG